AUGUUUCAGGAAACUUGGCUAGACCCAUCUGUUAGUAGCUCAGAACUGAUACCUAAGUCUUAUAGUGCCUAUAGAAAAAAUCGUAAUUUUGAGGCGACUGGAAGAAGUAGAGGAGGUGGAGUUUUGUUAGCGCUUCAUGAAAAAUUUAAUGCAACCGUUGUCUAUGUUCCUCCUGAUGUGUCGGUCGAUGACUUUGAAUAUUUUGUAGAUUGCGUAGAAAAUCUUUUAAUUAAAUAUGAGAAAUCUCUAUUUGUUGGAGAUUUGAAUGUUUCAAAUUUUCUUGGGAAGACUAAUGACGCGAAGUCUAACUGUGUGCAUAAUAUGGCGUCUUUUCUGAAUAUUGUGCAGUCCAACACAAUACUUAACUGGGAUGGUCGCUAUCAUCCUGCACUUUACAUCACGGUCAAUGUUGUUGAAGGUUCAUUUGUUAAUUUUCCAGGGAGUUCUAAUAGCAAAGAUUACAGUUUUAGCAAAGCUAAUUUUCCAGUACUUUAUGAGGAAUUACUUACUGUUGACUGGAGUUCUAUCUAUUCAAUCACAGACGCUAACAAUGCUUGUGACGUUUUAUACAGGAUAAUUAACAAUGUUUUAGAUAAGCACGUGCCGAGAGUGAAAUAUAGUAAACCUAGAUUUCCCAAGUGGUAUUCAGAUGAAUUGAAAGGCUACAUUAAACUUAAGGAAAAGAAGUUUAAUCAAUACAAGUUAAAUAACUUGAACACAGAAUCCUAUAAACAAUUUUGUGGUGUUCGACGCAUUGUUAAACAAUUAAUUUCUAGAGAUUUUAGAAUCUAUAUUCGCAAGCUUCAUCUUAAUGAUGUAUAUUUUGAAAAACCAAAGGAUAUUGUUGAUGCGUUUGCUCGUCAUUCCAGUUCAACUUUUAGUUCGUCUACUCCUAAUCAAGUUAACUACAAUACCAGUUUAUUUAGUGCCCACAAUAAUCUUAAUGUCAACAUAGUUAUUGAUGAAUCAGAAGUACUUAGAGCUAUGAAAAAGCUUAAAGAUUCUCGGACAUCAGGGUCUGAUCAAAUUCCUAAUUUUGUAAUUAGAGACUGUAGUUCUGUUUUUAGUAAACCGUUGCUGAAAUGUUUAUUGACACCUAGACAGGAUGGUUUCUUUACUGCCAGAUCAACUUUGACUAACUUGACUUGCAUCUCUAAAGAGAUAAUCAGCACAUUUGAGAGCAUGAGUCAACUGGAUGUAAUUUAUCUUGACUAUUCUAAGCCAUUUGAUACAGUUGACCAUGAACUGCUACUUUUUAAGCUGUCAAGUCUGGGUCUAUCUGAAUCAAUCACAAAAUUUUUUGCCUCCUACUUGAGCAUCAUGAUCAAUGGUCAUCUCUCAGACCAUUAUACGGUAACCUUUGGUGUUCCCCAAGGGUCCACUCUUGGGCCCUUACUAUUUUCUAUUUUUAUUAAUGAUAUCACUAGCAGCAUUAAGCAUUCUAAAAUCCUGAUAUUUGCUGAUGACAUAAAGUUAUAUCGCAAGGUCGUAAAUAAUGGUGACUGUGGACUGCUGCAACAUGACCUUAAUGAAAUACAUCAUUGGUCCUGCAAUAAUUGUCUUUUGCUUAACAAUGAUAAGUGCAAUGUUGUUACAUGUUUGAAUAGGCUGAACGUGUUAAUGUUUGAGUAUUCAAUAAAUAAUGUUAGUCUAAUAAGAUGUUCGGAGAUUAAAGACUUAGGUGUAUGGUUUGAUUCGCACUUUACCUUUAAAGUCCACAUUGACUUUCUUGCAACCAGUGCUUUGAAGAUCUUAGGUUUUAUAUUACGGAUCUGCAAGGAUUUUGAUAAUAUCCAGACGUUGAAACAUUUGUUGUUAUUAUUAUUCCCUUGUUAG